CCGCGCGCCCCGAUCCACAUCCUAACCUCCCAUUUCAUUGUGACGUACAUAUCUUAUUUGCCGAUUCCGUGCUACGGCACACUCGCCGAAGCAGUUUUGUACGUACUCGGCCGCAUCCUGAUAAUAUUAAUCGUGUUGGGAUAUAUGACGAUACCUGAGCCCAAGGUGUAUUGAUAUUAACUGGGUCGACUUCAGGCUCAACCCCCAAGCCAAUCCGAUCUACCAUUACUCGCUCCUCUCGGACGUCGUCACAUCCAGAUACUCGCACAAUGAAGACUAGCAUCUUGACCUCCAUCCUUUCCGUCGGUCAUAAAUUCACCGUAACAUUCCAUACAUCCCUCUACAUCCAAAACAACCUCCAAUUCUACGCUCUCUUCGGGAUAUGGCCUUCACCAGGCUUAGGCGAAUCAUACUUGGGAAUUCCUAUUCCAGCUGUUGCCCCUGUCCCUGGUGCAGAUGGUGGACUAGGAUUAGGUAACUUUCGAGUUGGACCCAGUGGGAAGGGAAAAUUGGGCAUCGAUGUUGGUGGGAUCGAUUUGUGGGAAGCAACGUUAGCGAACACUGGGUCGAAAGCUUACAACGUGACGUUGAGAUUACCUGUGGAUUUGACGACGCCAGGAAAUCGAACGACGAACUAUACACUUCAAACGGGUGUGCUUGGGACGGUGGGAGCAUCCGGACUGACAACGCUGUCCUUUCAUAACACGACAAUCAGGAUCAAGUCUCCCUAAUCUCCCGGUGGUCCCCAAUGAUAUCGACCCAAUCAGCCAUGUCGCAUCGAUUCCCCUUUCGUCGUCGUCGGAAUACUAUGUGUAGAUACCAGCUUCCUAUAUGCAGUUCGUUUAGUCCUUAGACUCAGAGACACACGAUUGGCACGCCCCUCAUGAGACCCCUUUCCAUCACUCACAAACGGGAUGGACGUUAUAUUCGGAUUCCUCUGUAUACACUUGUGUAGCUACAUUGGCUCGAAAGAGACUCAGAUGCAUUGGACGAUGUUUUUC